AUGUGGAACGCGCACACCUCCUUUGGGAACAUUUUAGGCUCGCUAUUAGCUGCUGCGUCUCUCGCUUCUGGCUGGGGCUGGGCGUUUCUAGUUCCCGGAAUAGCGAUAAUUGUAGCGGGAUUUGUUGUGUUACUGUUCCUGCCGCCCGGCCCAGAGGAACUGGCGUUUGAAUCACCAGAAGAGGAGGAGGAGAAGGAGGUGGUGGUAGAAAUGGCGAUGGUAAGUGGAGGGGUGGUGGGGAUUGGAGGAGAGAGAGUGAGUGUGGGGCCUGGUGGGGUUCUGUAUAGCCCUGUGAGUACAAAGGAUGCUGGAGGAGUGCGGAGCGGUGCAAAUGAUGUCAGUAGCGGUGCUCCCGGUGGUGCUGGUGGUGCUGGUAAAUCAGUGGCAGGUGAAGCAUUUGUAGGUGAAAGAACAGCGGGAAGAGACGAAGACAGAAGAAGAGGCCAGUUAAGAGAAGGAGAAGGCGAAAAGAGAGACUCAGCAGCAAUUGCUCUCAGCCAGAAGCCAGCAAUAGAAGGAAUCCCAGCAGCAGAACCCGGGUUACCACGUGACGGUGGUAGCUCAGCAACAUCCGCUUUAUCCAACCAUGUGUUUACUCCACAAAACGGGUCCUGCAUUAACGAGGAUGGGGGAGCCAGAUCCCCUCCUCCCAAGCUACGCCUUCCCCCAAACCAGCACCAGCAGCAGCAGAAAGACGUGUCAACAUACGACGACGAUAGUGCCGGGUUGCUAGAAGAACUCGAGACAGCAGCCGCAUCAAUUGCCCACAUGCGUUCAAGAGCCAAUGGCAGCAGCGGCGGCGAAGGGGGUGAUCGCGCGGUGGGGUUUCUGGAGGCGUGGCGGAUCCCUGGCGUGGCAGCGUUUGCCCUCUGCUUGUUCUUCGCCAAGCUGGUGGCCUACACCUUCCUCUACUGGCUCCCCUUCUUCAUCAGUCGCACGGAAAUCGAGGGGCGCUACCUCUCUGACGCGCAAUCCGGCAUCAUGUCUACAGUGUUCGACGUGGGCGGCGUGGUGGGCGGCAUUUGCGCCGGCCAUCUCGCCGACCAAACCGCCGCCCGUGCCACCAUUUCAGCUUCUUUCCUCCUCCUCGCCGCCCCGGCUCUAGCCGCCUAUUUCCUCCUAGGAGGCCUUGCCCUCUGGGUGAAUAUCCUCCUUUUAAGUCUCUCUGGUGUGCUGGUUAACGGCCCGUACGCGCUUAUCACUUGCGCAGUGUCUGCCGAUCUCGGGCAGCAUAAAAGUUUGCAAGGGAACGCCCGAGCGCUGGCUACAGGGGAUGGUGGAGGGGCGACGAGGGUCCGCGGUUGGGCGGCAAAGUUUGGAGCAAGCAGCUUUGGAAAGAAGACCACUGCGACUAGAAGAAGGAGGCUGACUGAGCCGGCGUAUUGCUGGUCUUUCGAGCCAAGCACAGUCCAGUCAAUCACAGCCGAGCCAAAAACCUCUGAGCCAAUCACAGUGGACGUUUUCCCCGCGGUGUUUCUCGAGCGCGAUUACGAGUUCAUGGGGGAGAUCGGCAGCGGACAGUACGGCAAGGUCUGGAAGUGCCGGUCGCGCCUAACAGGCCGGCAGUUCGCCUGCAAACAGGUCAAGAAGCGGCCGGCGCGGCCGGCACGGUCGGGACGGGGACAGCAGGCACGGAAGGAUUCUGCGCAGCGGCGAGCGCGAGAGAAAAACGGUGGGAUAUCCGGCGCGGAUGGCGCGGCGGGUUCAGGAGAUGACGUGGACCCGAUUGAAAGGGAAAUCGCGGCGCUGACUCAUUUGGAGGGUUGCGAAGGCGUGACGACACUGCACGGCGUGUUCGAGGACGCCACGUCGGUUUUCCUCGUUAUGGACUUGUGCGAUAGUGGCGACCUGUUCUCGCUUAUCGCGGACACGGACGGAGUUCCCGAGGACGAAUCGCGUCAGCUGUUUGCUGAUGUGGCACGGGCGGUGAAAGAAUGCCAUGACAGGGGCGUGUUGCAUCGCGACAUAAAACCCGACAAUGUCCUCCUCUCUUUGCGCGAGACUACUACAGCUACGGGUAACCCCGAAAUUGCGGGGUUGGACUACAACUACCCCUCGCCUACUAGCAACACCUCCUGGACCUCCGCCGCGCCGUUAUUUCACGGUUUCCGCGCUACGACGGCGCUCGAUCCGUCGGCGAGUCGCCGGCGGUACGACGUGAAGCUAGCGGACUUCGGUCUGUCCGUGAUUCUAACGGGGGGCGGGCGCGUGCGCGGGUACGCGGGGAGUUUUCCGUACGAAGCACCGGAGGUGGUUGGGUUGAGAGAGUACAGUUUCGCAGCGGAUAUCUGGAGCAUGGGCGUGCUUUUGUACGCGUUAUUGUCUGCGAACUGGCCCGAGUUCAAGAACAGGCAGGCGCUUAACGAGGAGACGGACUGGACCGGUGCGUCAUGGGAUCAAGUGUCGGAGGAUGCGAAGGAUCUCAUCCGUCGGUUGCUGACGGUGGAUCAAGAUCUACGGCCCACGAUAGAUGAGGUGCUGAGGCACCCGUGGGUGGCGCCGGCGACCCGCGUUGACCGCGCCGAAAGCGUUGACUCCGUUGACUGCGUUGACCGCGAGAAGGGGACAAAAUUGAAACAAAAUCAGUCGCUUCUUCCGCCGCUCCUCAUCCCUUCCCAAUCGCUAGAUUCCCGCGAGUCUUCCUCCCUCGAGUCGGCUUCGUCCAUUCCGUCAGAAGCUUCGUUCCUCUCCGCGCUUGCCGCCACCCCAGCUUCUCUCCCCACGCCAACGGCUACUUUUGCUUGCCGCGGCGCGACGUAUCUGGCGAAUGAAAGGAGCCACACGAUCGGCGCGGUUACGGGAGGAUCGGCGGGGAUCCGCAGUAACUGCGCCAGCCGCGGGAGUAGUAGCGCUUCGGAGACCCUCCCUGUCAGUGACAAUAACGGGGCGUGCGAUGUGCCUGAGGCGUCGUGUGACUAUAUCGAGGGGUGCGGACUGAAAGGGCCCGCGGGAGUCACGGGGGAGAAGAGGAGAAGGACUCUAGCAGCGGAAGCGCCAGGAGGGGAAGCGCCACUAGCGGAAGCGCAACCGGCGUAA